AUGUGCAAUACCAUGUUCGACAAACCUUCGGUUGGUCAGUUCGUACUACCAAGAGAUGCAAACGCCUCUUUCACGUUGAGAAGUAAUACGAACGAGGGUAUCGUGUGUCCAAGUCUCGCACCUUCGUCUAUCCCCAUGAACCCCGUAACCUCCCAGUCGGGUCGAUCCACUCCCAUCGGUCCUUCAACACCACCCACAAGCUCACUCACUAUCACGGGUCCUUCAAUAGCCACCCGUCCUGCAUCUAUCGCACUCCCAGCAUCCAGAAAUUUUCAGCCGCAUUAUGCUGGCACGCCUCAGGCCUCGCGCUCACACGGAGACAUCAGAACGAUUGCGAACAGACAUCAAGAUAACUGGAGUGUUUCUAGCUAUCAUCUGUCCGUCCAUGAGCCAUCAACUCCUCGUUCUGGUCGCCCGUCAUCUCGGUCGGUGCCCUCCUCGCGAAGGUCUUCCAGAGCACCACAUCGUCACUUUACUCGAGAUCCGAGCUUGGAUAACUCGAAUUCACCUUCACGCUCAGAAUUGCCUACCCCUCCGGUUCCCCGACUUGCAGAUGGCGUUCGUUCUGCUCACAUGGCUGGCAUAUCUAUUGUCACAUCGCGAGAGGCAUCUAUACACUCUAGAGGAUCCUCCGUCUCCUUCGAUGUAAUUAGCCCUACACCCCCGACUUCAUCUACUUUGGAUAACCUACCCAAUGUGCGAGAAACACCAGAACUACCGGCAGGACGGAAGAUCGAGUUGUAUACUACAGCAAACCUUGGCAGAUACGAAGCGAAGCGUGUUAUGUCAGUGAGCUCGAUCGGAAGCGUGGACCCGCGCACUGAAGCUGAAGAGUCAUCUUCCAGUGACGACUCCUACGUUCAUCAUGACAUUGCACCAUUGACUACACAUUUUCCCCAUUCAGCAACCUACGCAGAUCCUGGCGACUGGACUCCCACUACACAUCCGGAAGGCGCUUUAUAUUUUUAUCAUGAACAAAAACGAAUAUUCACUGACGCAUACAUGUACGACUAUGUUACUAGACAAGAGAUUGAGCUCUUUGCGAAAUACCUUGACGACUACCUGCAGGCAGCUGAGCUGUCUUUGCCUUCGGAUGAAUGUGACUUAGUUUUGGAGAUUGUGCCUGCUGAAGACGGAGAGGGCACGGCCUGGUGCUACUAUUAUGUGGAUCAUAGGUCUCGUACACUGUUUUGGCUGACGCCUUUCAACACGGACUACCUCCUUGCAGAAGUGCGUGGUGUCACAUCACCAGCACACAUAAAACACGAGAUUGAAACUCAAUAUUGGAUGCACUGGUCAUAUUUCCCUGAAACUCAUGGGCGUCAACAUCUCGACGAUACACUUCAUGAAGAAUUAUCAGGGAUCAUACUCCACGGUAUCGUUGAUACCAUGAACUCCAUGACCUCCACGAUGCCCCACUCCUUGACUGAAUUGGGUUCCAUGUUAACUCUGAUCAAGAAAGUCCAAGCGGGCGAAAGAAUGAACAAGUACAUGAUAUGUGCAUUCUGUAGGAUAAUGUCAAACUUUUGCCACUGGAGAUUUGUCCACUUCCACGGGCAGCAUGGCGCUCGACUAGACCGAGAUCAGACUGUCUAUUCCGACCCCGCUAAGCGCAAGACGUGGCUGAUCACUCUUCUUUCACUUGUCCUCUUCUUUGCACCUGAAAUCCACCUCCGAGAGCUGGAAAAAUUAUGCGUAGAUGGGAUCAUCGUAGAAAGUGUUUGGAAAGUCUUCAUAAGCAAGUUGCUCAAUGAUUGGCAAGAAUUCACGCUAUUCCCAUCUCGCACGUUUCGUCUCAAGUCGACAGUCUUGCUCAACGCAAAUGUCGCGUUUCUCACCAUUCCCGGUGUUUCCGCCGGUGACAAUGGCAAUCUAUUUCCAUCGCAAUCGCCAGCUCAAAUAGCCAGCUAUAUAUCCAUCAUUGCGAGUGUAGGAAGUAUUGUUGUGGGCCUAUUGUUAGUUCGACAGAACCGCUCAAGAAAUCGAGAUGAUCCUGGAGAGGCUGCUGCAUUUUUACAUCGAAAAUCCUCUCCCACAUACCGUCUGGAGUUACUAGCAGUCAUUUAUAGUUUGCCGUAUGCGCUGCUUAUGUGGGCGAUGGGAACUUUCCUCGUCGCACUUCUGGCCCUGUGUUUUGAUAUGACACGUCUGGUUACUCGGCUCCUCGUAGGUGUUGCUUCUGUAGUGAUCGCUGCGUCGAUCCUCUGGUGCGUUGUCUAUGGGUGGGAUACUGCUGACUCCUGGGAGACCAAUAUCCGGAAAAAUUUACAUGCUUGGACUGAGCGGACGAAAGAAAAGCUGAAAGACGUCUCUCCUGCAAAAUUUAGACAUAGUGUUGUACUACCCGUGGAUGCUUCGGAUACCAAUGUAUGA